AUGGCGAUUGUGAUCAACGAAUCAGGUGGGUUCAUGAAAUCCCCAUGUGCGUCAAAAUCUAAUACCCAAGCAGCCAAACCGGCUGAGCAAAAUGGCAAAGAGGAAGCCAAAGAGGAAGUCAAGUUCGAACCCGUCGGUACCGUCUGCGACUUCCGCAACCUAUACCAGACCAAGCCCGAUGAAGAUGGAAAUCGAUCAUGGACCAGAGAUCUCCCAUCAGACCUCCCCGAACCUGCUGAAGAUGCCGACUCUGCCCAAUAUGCCCUUCUAGUCAGAAAAGAAAAAUGUUACGAUGGACGAAAGAGUCUGUCUGUUCACUCCAUCGUCGUCCAAAGUGAACACCUCAAAACCUUCCUAGGCAAAGUACUAGACAACUACCCAGGCGUGACCACCACACUCGAUCGUCUGGAGUUCACAGCGCCCUUCAAGCCAUUCGUGCACAGAUGGGAAGAUAUAAUCAGACUCCGCGAUGAGGAAACAGACCCCACCACCAAAACCCAUGUGGAUCUAUUCUAUAGAAUCAUGGACGAAGAGCUACGAGAUGUGAUCGAUUGCAAAAAGGACCUCGUCGCCAACGGCGUCAUCACAUUCCCACUAGCCUGGACAAUCAUGGAACCCCACGACGUGGUCGUUUCCUCAGUCGGUGGUCUCCUCCGCGGCCACCAGUUCGACAGUAUGGUUCUGACCAAGUGUGGUUGGCGCCUGUAUGCCGACCAUGUUGACUUCGACGGCAGUCGAUUCGGAUACACUUCUGAGAAUUUCGCUAUUCCCACAUUCACAGGAACAGUACCUAUUACCUCUCUGCCUAUAUUCCCAUUGAAAUACCACCCUGAAAAAGAAUCCAUUCGGGAAAUCCUGGCUGCGCGUGGAAAGCGCUGGGAAGAACAUAAAGGGUAUCACUUCAAGGCUUACGAUGGCCCCGCCAUCAGCAGAGAUUAUCACGAAGAUGAUCCCAAUGCACGGGAUACCAAGUACCACGUGAAGGGACGAAUUAUCAUCGACGCAGACGCAUACAACAUCUUCCAUCCCAACGGGACAAUCAGCGUGGACAGCAAUAUCGAGGAAGAUGAACUGACUGAUACUCAGCUCCUGCUUGCCUCUCCUAUGAUUUACGGGUAUUCCCUCAAAGACAAAGAAUGGCUGAUCUUCUACCUCGAAAGCUCACACGAGAUCACCUGGGACGAGCGCGCUUUCGAGUCCCUGGUCCUGCCGAAAGAGCAACAGGGACUCAAAGAGGUCAUUCUGGGUGUCGCGAAGGCCCAGUCUAAACGAUUGGAUUCCUUUGAUGAUGUCGUCCAGGGUAAGGGUCGUGGUAUUAUUAUGCAGCUUGCUGGUCCGCCUGGUGUUGGUAAGACGCUUACGGCAGAGAGUGUUGCCGAGGUCAUGAAGGUGCCUCUUUAUGUAAUGAGUGCCGGUGACCUGGGGAUGGAGGCUAGCAGUGUGGAAAGGAGUCUGAAGCAGAUCCUCAAGGCUGUUCCACGGUGGGGAGCUGUUCUGUUGCUGGAUGAGGCGGAUGUCUUUAUGGAAGCUCGUGAUGCCAGAGACCUUGCUCGUAAUGAGCUGGUAUCUAUUUUCCUGCGAAUGCUGGAAUAUUACGAGGGAAUCCUCUUCUUGACUACCAACCGGGCACAGAAUAUCGAUCCGGCCUUUGAGUCGCGAAUCCACAUUUCUCUCAACUACCAGGAACUGGAUAUCGCUUCCCGGCGUCAUAUCUGGUCACAGUUCCUUACCCGCUCUAGUGAGGUCUUUACGGAUGAGCAACUUGAUCAGAUGGCAGAGGUGCCGUUGAAUGGUCGGCAGAUCAAAAAUGUCAUUAAGACUGCUGGUCUGCUGGCCUGGUCGAAGGAGGUUGAGCUUGGGUACGAACAUCUGAAGACCGUGCUGGCUUUGCGGGAUCUGUAG